AUGUCCCAAGUCCAGGAGUUCAGCAUCUCUGUCCCCGAAGAGGACAUUGACCGACUCAAACAGAAGCUCUCGCUGACAACCUUUCCGGACGAGCUCGAUGAUUCUGGAUGGGAUUAUGGCGCGCCUCUCGCAGACAUCAAACGCCUGCAUAAUCAUUGGCUGAACAACUACAACUGGCGAACACACGAGCAGCAGCUGAACCGCGACGCAGGCUCUCAGUACACAGCCGACGUCCCCGUUGAAGGCUUCGGCAGUCUGAACGUCCAUUUCGUGCACCAAAAGAGCAAGGUCAAGAAUGCAAUCCCCUUGCUCUUCUGCCACGGCUGGCCCGGCAGCUUCAUCGAGGUGCUCAAGAUCCUCCCCGCGCUCGUUGAAGGCGGCAACGGGGCGCCCGCCUUCCACGUCGUCGCGCCCAGUCUCCCUGGCUACGGCUUCUCCGAAGGCGCAAAGAAGCGCGGCUUCAGCACAGCCCAAUACGCCGAAAUCUGCCACAACCUAAUGCUCUCCCUCGGCUACCCUACCUACGCGACCCAAGGCGGCGACACGGGCUACUUCGUAACGCGCCUCAUGGGCCUGGCCUACCCGACGCACUGCCUCGCCUCCCACAUCAACACGGCGGCGCCCUCGUGGCCCAAGCCUCACACCAACCCUUUGCUCUUCGCGCAGUUUCUCGUGACGCCCUUCAGCGCCGCCGAGCGCGCGGGCCUCGAGCGCUUGAAAUGGUUCGAGAAGGAAGGGAUGGGGUACUUCAAGCAGCAGGCGACGAAGCCGCAGACGCUGGGGUACGCGCAGGCGGACAGCCCGGUUGGGCUGCUCGCCUGGAUCUACGAGAAGCUGCACGAUUGGACCGACGACUACCCCUGGACCGACGACGAGGUCAUCACGUGGGUCAGCAUCUACUGGUUCAGUCGUGCGGGACCGACGGCCGCGGCGAGGCUGUAUUAUGAGGCUACGCACGACAAGAAUAUUCCUGACUUGUUCCAGAAAGUGGGGGGAUGGGUCCCUGGCGUUAAGUUGGGGAUUGCGCAUUUUCCGAAGGAGCUGGUAAAUUUGCCUAGGCUGUGGCAUCAGGGGAUGGGGGAGGUUGUGUUUGAAAGCGUGCAUGAGAGUGGGGGGCAUUUCGCGGCGUGGGAGAGGCCGGAUGCCAUUGUGGACGAUUUGAGGAAGAUGUUUGGGAAGGGCGGAGGCGCGUUUGGGGUUGUUGAGGGGUGUAGUGGCUAUAAUAGUGAGGGCUAG